UCGAUUUGCAGUAUAUAAACCGUGCAUAUAUACACAGGCGCAGCGUCAGCGCCUCCUUGUGUCAGUCGAAAAAGCAAACAACAAAUGCAACAACAUUUUGGCGUUCUCCCGGGCUAAAAGCAAGUGUAAACAAAGUUUGCCGGAACUUCGUGCGAAAAAUAUAACUGAGCAAUGGGGCGUAGAAAAUCGAAAAGGAAGCCACCACCGAAGCGGAAGAACAUUGAGCCACUGGAUCAGCAAUUCAACUGUCCAUUCUGCAACCACGAAAAGUCCUGUGAGGUGAAGAUGGACAAGCCCAAAAACUCUGCCAAGAUAUUGUGUCGCGUUUGUUUGGAGGAGUAUCAAACGUCGAUAAACUUUCUUUCGGAACCGGUCGAUGUGUACAACGAUUGGGUGGACGCUUGUGAGACUGCAAACUGAGUACGCGAAUUUGAUAGCAAAUUAACAGAAAAGGAGAGAGAGAGCGGGAGAAAACGCGAGGGGCGUUGGUAUAAAAUAAGGAAUCUAAUGUGUAAUAAGUAACAAGAAUAAAUAAAUUUGCUAAGCUAUAUGUAAACCGUUCGAAUUCGAGCGCCUGAGAAGA